AUGGGUUGCUUCUUAGCCUCUUUGCCGAUACAAACUGACUAUGAAGCUUUGCCAAAACCAAUCACAUAUGGCAUAUCAGCUCAAAUACAAACCAAGAGAAAUUUGGCUAUUAUAGUGCCUUUCAGAGACCGUUUUGAAGAGCUCCUUGAGUUUGUACCUCAUAUGUUUCAUUUUCUCAAGAAACAAAACAUACCCUUCAGCAUAUUUAUCAUCCAGCAAAAAGAUAAUAACCGAUUUAACAGAGCAUCUCUUAUAAAUGUUGGAUUUCUGUAUACAAAGAAAGAUUAUGACUAUAUUGCAAUGCAUGAUGUUGAUUUACUGCCAUUAAACGAUAAUUUGAGGUAUGAAUAUCCAGAAUCUGGACCUCUCCAUAUAUCAUCGCCACAAACUCAUCCAAAGUAUCACUAUGAUACUUUUAUCGGGGGAAUUUUAUUGAUAAAAAAGGAGCACUUUGAAAUGGUAAAAGGAAUGUCAAAUAAUUAUUGGGGAUGGGGCCUAGAGGAUGAUGAAUUCUAUGUAAGACUGAGAGAUGCGGGAUUAACUGUACAUCGUCCAGCAAACAUUAAUACUGGUAUAGAAAAUACUUUUAAACACGUACAUGACAGAACUUAUAGAAAGCGGGACACAAGAAAGUGUUUCAACCAACGUGAAGUGACAAGGAGGAGAGACAGAGUAACCGGUCUCCAUGAUGUCAGCUAUGAAAUAGAGAAUACCCACAGUGUUACCAUAGAUUCCCUCCCCAUUACUGUAAUAAACGUAAGGUUAAUAUGCAACAAGACAGCAACGCCCUGGUGUCAGUGCAGUGAACCUGUCAAAACAAAAAAAGUUAAGUGA